GUCGCCGCGCAGAGCCGGAGCAGGAGCCACGGCCGAGAGGAGGGAGGAGGUGGAGGAGGAGGUGGAGGAGGCGCCGGACCGGGGGGGAUAGAUUCCCAGAAGUGGGAUAACUGGAUCAGAGGGUGGUUACCCUGUGUAUAAGAGUGUGUGUCUCACUGCACCUUCAAUGGCAUUGAGUAGACUUGGACUACUGUCGUCAGUAGAACAAGCUUGAGAUUGUGUCACUACUCAGUACCAUCUGCUUGCAUGGAUUGUCAGUAUUUAAACAGACCACAUCAUGCGUGAGUACAAGCUAGUGGUCCUUGGUUCAGGAGGCGUGGGGAAGUCUGCUCUGACAGUUCAGUUUGUUCAGGGAAUUUUUGUUGAAAAAUAUGACCCAACGAUAGAAGAUUCUUACAGAAAGCAAGUUGAAGUAGAUUGCCAACAGUGUAUGCUCGAAAUCCUGGACACAGCAGGAACAGAACAAUUUACAGCAAUGAGGGAUUUGUAUAUGAAGAAUGGCCAAGGGUUUGCACUAGUAUAUUCUAUUACAGCUCAGUCCACGUUUAAUGACUUACAGGACCUGAGGGAACAGAUUUUACGGGUUAAGGACACAGAAGAUGUUCCAAUGAUUUUGGUUGGCAAUAAAUGUGACCUGGAAGAUGAACGAGUAGUUGGCAAAGAACAGGGUCAGAACUUAGCAAGACAGUGGUGUAACUGUGCCUUUUUAGAAUCUUCUGCAAAGUCAAAGAUCAACGUUAACGAGAUAUUUUAUGACCUGGUCAGACAGAUAAAUAGAAAAACACCAGUGGAAAAGAAGAAGCCUAAAAAGAAAUCAUGUCUGCUGCUUUAGACCCACAGUAAGCAGCAGCUCUGAGCCAGAUUACAGGAAUGAAGAACUGUUGCCUAAUUGGGAAGUGCCAGCAUUCCAGACUUCAAAAAAUUAAAUCUGAAGAGGCUUCUCCUGUUUUAUAUAUUAUGUGAAGAAUUUAAAUCUUAUAUUGGUUUGCACAAAUUCCCUGGAGAAAAAAAAUUGCUCUGUGUAUAUCUCUUGGAAAAUAAGACAAUAGUAUUUCUCCUUUGCAAUAGCAGUUAUAACAGAUGUGAAAAUAAAUAUACUUGACUCUAAUAUGAUUAUACAAAAGAGCAUGGAUGCAUUUCAAAUGUUAGAUAUUGCUACUAUAAUCAGAUGAUUUCAUAUUGACCUUUUUAUCAUGAUUCUUCCCUGUCAAGCACUAAAAGUUGAACCAUUAUACUUUAUAUCUGUAAUGAUAUAGAUUAUGAAAUUUCCCCUCAAACUCAUUGCAGCAGAUAACUUUUUGAGUCAUUGACUUCAUUUUAUAUUUAAAAAUUAUGAAAUAUCAUUCUGUCAUUAUAUUCUAAUUAAAAUUGUGCAUAAUGCUUUGGAAAAAUGGGUCUUUUAUAGGAAAAAAAACUGGGAUAACUGAUUUCUAUGGCUUUCAAAGCUAAAAUAUAUAAUAUACUAAACCAACUCUAAUAUUGCUUCUUGUGUUUUACUGUCAGAUUAAAUUACAGCUUUUAUGGAUGAUUAAAUUUUAGUACAUUUUCAUUUGGUUUGUGUGUUUUUGUUAUUGUUUAUAGAUUUAAGGCUUUUAUUUUAUAAUGGCCACAUUGUUUUAAAUGCAGUAGUUCCUUUCUGCCUGUACCUACAGAACACUUGGCUUUAAACCCCUAAGUCAUUAGUAAUUUCUCUAAGAACAGACCUCACACUUUCUGUUCUAGAUGUAUUUAUUACUCCUAUACAGCAGACUACAUCAGACUACAUAGAAUAGUUUUGUAUAUUCUCUCUUGAUCUUAAAGAUUGUAUCUUAUUGAAUAAGAUAUCCCACUGUGUAUUAUUUUUAUAUGUAAAAAUAAGUUUAAUACUGUAUCAGGGGUUAACUUUACUAUUUAAAAUCUUCCACAGCUUGUAAUUUCAUCAAGGGAAUCCUUUUGUCAUUGUUAAUUUGUUGGGCAUAAGCCCACCAAUGAAAUGUUAUGUAAAAAUAUUCAGAUUUGCUUUAUAAUAGAUUGAAGAAUUUGAGAAAAGUGGGAAAAAGUGAAAAAGCAUACAAAGAAUGUAUCAGUUGCUUUUGCUUCGACUAUAUAUGAGGUAGUAUAGUAGUCGUAGUAUGGAAAAAAUCGCUAAGUUAAAAUUUUAGCUGGCUAUAUAGUGGUGCUUUUCUUUUCCUUCCCAGUUGUUUCUGUUUUUACAAAGAUGGCGCUCGAUGAGGACAUGGAUCUAGGGUAUCAGUAUGAUUUACGUGUUCUCCAUAGAGGUAGAGCAGAACAGCUUGUCAGCCAGUUAAGUGCUGGUGAAGGAAAGAAACAAGCUGAGAAAACCCUGUGCCUUGUUCCUGAAUACUGAGGAGAAGACUAGUCCUAGAAAGUCUACAUCACUGCUCAGGGAUCUAGAUACUGUCUCGCUGCAACCAGGUGUGAAGUAGUGUUCAGACCUUGCUGAGACUUUCCAGGAAUGUGGUCAGGCCAUCGGUUACUAAAUUCAGAUUUAGGAAUAAGAUUUCAAAUGUAAACUCUGACCAACAUGAGAAAAUGUUAAAAUAUUGU